AUGACCAGCAUCACGGAACAACGUAACGACCAGAUGGCGAAUUCCCCCGAACAAACAGACCAACUAAUGGACUAUCUACUGGCUACACACAAACUGGAAGACCUACAGGCCUCUCUUCUAAAUUCGCUGUCUACCUGCGGCUGGACCGAACGGGUACGCAACCUUGCCUUUGAACUUUUUCGAACAGAAGACCACAGUCGCUUUGAAGAUGUGGUGGACACCAUCGUCAACAUGGCUACCUCGGGCAGUGGGGCAGGCUCGUGCUCGCCUUCUCUAGGGAAAAGAAAACGAGACGGAGAAGAAGAUUCAAAACUGGCCAACGGAGCCGUGAAGAAUGGCAAACGUGUAAAACCGAACCCUACCACAAGCACCGCCAACGGAGCCGGAGAAGUGACGGUGAAGAAGGAGGCUGCGGAGGGUAGCAACUCCAUAGCUGAUAGUGGCCCACUAGCUUCAUAUGGUAGCAGUGCAUCAGAUAUCGCGGCGCACUACAACGUUCAGAUUCCCGAACGAGCUGUGAACAGCGGCGUUAAAUUCCUACAGGAUUCGAUGCAUGAGUUGUUUAGCUCCGAUACUGAGGACCAACCGAACGGCACCCGGGGCCAUGACCCAGAGAGUGACGAUGAUAUACCAAUUGCAAGGAAAGAAAUGAAGAAAAAGGCCAGCGACCAGCCCAAGACCAACGGUCAUCCUUUACCGAAAAGCAAUACCUGA